UUCCGGGCAGCGACGCUGGCGGGAAUGACUUCAGAAUUUGCACUGGAUGGACAGCAAACAUUUCCUCAAAACAGACCAUGAAGCUUUCCACUUGAGAGCCCACUGUGGUCCCAAUGCUUUUCCCAGCCGGUUUUCGCUCCUGCUCCAGGCUCCGCCUCCGCCGUGUCCGCGCUUCUCGCCCCGCCCCACACAGCAGCUCCGCCCCCGCUCGCUCCGCCCCCGGAGUUACUCCUCCGGCGUUGCUCCCUCAAAGCGGAAGUGAAGCCGGACUGCGGCUCCUACCGUGGUCCCUCCUGGCCUUUGGUGACUAGUCGCGUCAGUUCCGACCCGGACCCAUACGCUGCGGCGCUGACGUGGCUCCCGGAAGUAGGGCUGGCGUAGGGCCGCCAUGUUGCAGCAGGAUAGUAAUGAUGACACUGAAGAUGUUUCCCUGUUUGAUGCAGAAGAGGAGACGACUAAUAGACCAAGAAAAUCCAAAAUCAGAUCCACCGACAACCAACAGAUAAUUGGUCACCAUGAACAGUCUGUAAGCUGUGUUGCCUCCCAGAUCUGUAUCUCCAUUCAGAAUGUCACAGGUAGACUAAUGGUUGGCCUACGUUGGUGGAAUCACAUUGAUGAAGAUGGAAAGAGCCACUGGGUAUUUGAAUCUAGAAAGGAGUCCUCUCAAGAGAAUAAAACUGUGUCAGAGGCUGAAUCAAGAAUCUUUUGGUUGGGACUUAUUGCCUGUCCAGUGCUGUGGGUGAUAUUUGCCUUUAGUGCACUCUUCUCCUUCAGAGUAAAAUGGUUGGCGGUGGUUAUCAUGGGUGUGGUGCUACAAGGUGCCAACCUGUAUGGUUACAUCAGGUGUAAGGUGGGCAGCAGAAAGAAUUUAACCAGCAUGGCUACUUCAUAUUUUGGAAAGCAGUUCUUACGACAAAACACUGGAGAUGAUCAGACUUCCUGAAUAGACAAAACUUAAUGUGCUUUGUUACAUUGGGGGAACAACUGAAGAGAUUCUUGACUCUGAACCUUUUAGAGCUUAGUCCAUGUUGCAACGAGGAGUGUUGGCUUUGUUUUUCCACUUAAAAACUUUAUUUAUAAAAAGGAAAAGUAGUUUUCAUGUUAAGUUUUUAUUUCCUUUCCAGCAUUUGGGGCUAGAAAGUAUAUGUUGGCACUAGAAACAUUGUCAAGAUUUAUUCUGUGGUGUAGGUAUGCACAUGUUCCAUAGGUAUGCACACAGCCAUGUAGUAUCAGUAUAUCUCAAGUUAAUGAAAGUGUUCAUUUACAUAGGUAAUGGAGACCUUUGCAUUUUGAUCCAUAAAACAUGGGAGGAUGUUCUUAGUCUGUCUCAAAGCUCUAUGUGUUUACAUAUUAUUUCUGUAGAUGAUUUUCAGGAGUAAAUUUUGCUUCCAUGGUAAGAGUGAGCACUUUGGCUUAUGUAUAAGUUAGAAAUUAUUGUUAGUUUUUAAUAUGUACUUCAUGGGGAAAUUUCUUAGACAUAUACAAGCAAGUGAAAACAAUUAGGGCCAGUGGUAUUAACUACUUUCUAAAAUCUUAUUUUUAUUUGUAAGAAGUCAUUUACUUAAGGCCCAGUUAAUAUAAGUGGAAUCAUCAUCGUUUGUUUAAGGAAUACCCAGAGAUUGCUGCUGUUCUAUUUAUUUUACAGAAAGGAUAGCUAGAUUGAAAGCUCUUCAGUGGACCUUGAGCUAAUAGAUCUUUUACCACUAAAAGAGCAUUAUUCUCAUGUCAUAAUGAGAAUAAUCAUUUACAUACUUGGCAUAAUAAAUGUCUAAAAGACAUUUUCUGAAUCUAUUUUUUUUUCUUGCUAUAAUGGGGAUAUUGUAAAUUAUGCAUUUGUAUUAAUGGUAUUUCUUAAAGCAUUCUGUGUAACUGUAAACCAAUCUACAAACUAUUGUAGGCAUUUGUAAAUUCUGUUGUAGGUAUUAUAAACUUUGUUGAAGUCUUAAUCAGCAGAUUAUGUUGUGAAUAUAUUUGUACAUUGUUAAAAUAGUUUUUAAGAUUAUUUGUUUAAUUGAAUAAGUGUCUUAUUGGAGUGAUAGCUUUGAAGGUGCAAAACUUUAUAUUUGUAUAAAAUUCUACUGUUUACAAGGCA